AACAAUUUGACCUAGUGCGUAAUUUUUGUACGCGUCAUUCGAAAAAAAUGAUACUUCGUAUGUGUAAAAUAAUUCAUAUUUGUAGUUCACUGGAAAAAUUUAAGCUCAAUCGGUCAUCGGGGUGCAAAGUUACAGCUUGUCAAAGUUGACCAUUUUGUAUGAAAAACGGCUUCCACUGCUAUUAUUCUGAACACAGGUGUACGUGUUCUCCGAGGGAACCUCAUAGGUUCCAAAUGUAGCCAAUGUGGUCACUUAUCGAUUUCGAGCGCACGACCAUCUGUUUGGUGGGUGCACCUCAUAGGCUGCAAGAGUGGCCAAUGUGGUCACUUAUCGAUUUCGAGCGCAUAAUCAUCUAUUUUGUGAAAAAUCAUGACGAAAUAGCCGCCGCACCGCAUAUUUUCGUGCUAAAACGGAAAUGUCCUUUCCUACGGGUUCCCCGGGGGCAGCUUGAAUGCACCAGGAGUGGCCAAUGUGGUCAUAUAUCGAUUUCAAGCGUAUAACCAACUGUUUGGUGGAAAAUCAUGACGAAAGAACCGACGCACGGCAUAUUUUGGCAUUAAAAUGGAAAUGUACUCCUCUAGGGGAUCCCGGGGGGCACCUCAUAGGUUCUAAAGGUGAAAAAUAUGUCAAUAAUCAAUUUCGAGGGCACCUAUUUGGAGGAAAACCACGACGAAAGAGCCGCCGCAUAACAUAUGUUGGUGUAAAAAUGGAAAUGUCAUCUUCUACGUGUUCUCCGAGGGAACCUCAUAGGUUCCAAAUGUAACCAAUGUGGUCACUUAUCGAUUUCGAGCGCACAACAAUCUGUUUGGUGGGAAAACACACCGAAAGAGCCACUUACGGCUUAUAUUGGUGUAAAAAUGGAAAUGUCCCCUUCUACGGGUUCCCCGAGGGCUCCUGAUAGGCUCCAAAAGCGGCCAAUGUGGUCACUUAUCGAUUUCGAGCAGAUUAUCAUCUAUUUUGUGGAAAAUCAUGACGAAAGAACCGCCGCACGGCAUGUUUUGGUGCUAAAACGAAAAUGUCCUCCUUUACGGGUUCUUCGAGGGUACCUCAUAGGCUCCAAGAGUGGCCAAUGUGGUCAAUUAUCGAUUUGUGGAAAAUUAUGACGAAUGAGCCGCCGCAUGGCAUAUUUUGGAGUUAAAACGGAAAUGUCCCUUUUCACGGGUUCCCCGGGGGAACCUCAUAGGCUCCAAGAGUGGCCAAUUUGGUCAAUUAUCGAUUUCAAGCGCAUAAUCCUUGCUUGUACCAGGAUUGGCCAAUUUGAUCACUUAUCGAUUUCAAGCGCAUAACCAUCUGUUUGGUGGAAAAUCAUGACGAAAGAACCGCCGCACGGCAUAUUUUGGUGUUAAAACGGAAAUGUCCUUUUUUGCGGGUUCCCCGAGGGCACCUCAUAGGCUCCAAGAGUGGCCAAUGUGGUUAAUUAUCGAUUUCUAGCGCAUAAUCAUCUAUUUUGUGGAAAAUCAUGACGAAAGAGCCGCCGCACGGCAUAUUUUGGUGCUAGAACGAAAAUGUCCUCUUGCACGGGUUCCCCAGGGGCACCUCAUUGGCUCCAAGAGUGACCAAUGUGGUUAAUUAUCGAUUUCAAGCGUAUAAUCAUUUAUUAUGUGGAAAAUCAUGACGAACGAGCCGCCGCACGGCAUACUUUGGUGCUAAAACGGAAAUGUCCCCUCCUACGGGUUCCCCGGGGGCACCUUGCAUGUUCCAGGAGUGGCCACUUUCGUCGGAAGCCCUUUCAUGGACCAUACAUUACCGUUUUAAGAGAAUCUAUGAACAAUUGGCGAUCGAAUGGCAUAUAUGGAGCGGUUUGUAUGCUCCCCUUAUAUGACCGACAAGGUCCCCGUGGAGGUCGUUUCCCGGUGGCCAUUGUCUCCAGAACCAGCAUAUCACCACAUAGCCAUAAAACUGAUGAAUUUUUCUUUCGAACGGUAUAUAAACUUUGUAAUUCGGUUAUAAUUUGACUGUUUUAUAAGCAUUUACAUUUCUGGGUCAAUAUGACCCCAAUAUCUUAUUCGUAACUUUUUUUGUGGGAUCGUUCCUGUUGCACCUUAAAAUACUUUUUUCAUGUCAGAUGCUUCAUUUCCACAAAAUAUUAAAAGUCAAGAAAUUUCAGAACGAUCGGAUUAUCAGGUAAAAAGUUAUUCUACUUUGAAGUUUCGUUUUGGGUCAUAUUGACCCCAACAUCUUACUAAGGUUAAAGAAGUAAUCUUUUACUCAUUCUCCUUACUCCGAAAAAAUGUGAGCUUUCAAAAAUAAAAUUAUCUUCUCUCUUGCCCAAAUCCGGGGAAAUGCGUGCUUAUAUGUUUAAAAAAGGCAGCAUUUACUUUUCGCCUUAAUCCGGGAAAAUGCAUGCUUGGAAAUAUGGCAUCACCUGCUCUUUCGUUUAACUUCGAGAAAAUAUUCGUGCUUUAAAAGAAUGAACCACCUGCUUAUUUGCCUUUUUCCGAGUAAAUGCGUAUUUAAAAAAGAAGGAAUCAUCUAUUCGAUUACCUUUUUUCGGGGAAAUAAGUAAAAUGAAGAAGUAAUCUAUUUCUGAAAAAUGCUCGUGUGACAAGAAAUAAUUUUAUCAUUUGCUUGAGCAACUGCAUAUGUAUAUUCAUUUUACUCUAAUCUGAGAAAACAACAAAAUACUGUUUUUAAACAGAAAAUGGCAUAAAAUCUUUUGAUUUCUUCUAUGCCGAUCAAAAGUUUUCAGAAAAUCUCGCUCCAUGGGGAGCUUCCAGUCCAGAAACAGUAAGCAGUACUCCAGAAUUGCUCUUCAAAGCGCGGGCACAUAACUCCAAAAGCAAACGACAGUCAGAGGCGAAAAGCAGUUUUUCACCAUUGCUCACUAGCAGCAUACACGAAAAAAUGGUUUCCAGAUAUUCUAAUCGUCCAUAAACUUACAUUUAGCGAGCAAAAACGCGAGAUGAGGACUAGACCAGCCAUUUGAGGCAGCCAUUUUUGGACUCUUGUCUGAUUGAGGUGAUGUCUGUAUGUGCGUGUGCGUAUGUCUAUUCUUGUGUCAGGCCAUUAGGCCGAAUCAGAAAUGAGGUGAGUUCAUCCUUUUUCCUCUUCAUUCUUCAUUUUUUCGUUCUUCUUUUUUCCUUCGAUUUUCUUCCUUCUCCCUUUUUUCUUCCUACUUCUUCCCUCAUCCUUCUUUCUUUUUCCUUUUUCCAUCUUGCUUCUUUCUUUUUUUCUUCUUCUUCUUUUUGUUUCUUCCUUCCUUUCUUCUUCCCAUCUUCCAAAUUCCUUAUUUCUACCUUAUUUUUUAUUUUAUUUUUCUUCCUUCUGUCUUCUCUUUUCUUUCGUUCUUUCUUUCUCCUUUCUUUUUUUUCCUUCCUUUUUCCUUCUUCCUUUUUUUCUACUCUUUCUUUUUUCAUACUUCUUUUUACCUUUUUACUUCCUUUUUCCUUCCAUUUUCCAUUUCCUUUCUUUAUUCUUUCUUCCUUCUUUCCUCCUCCUUCCUUUUUUCUUCCUUCUUGCUACCUUCUUUCUUCCCUAUUUCUUCUUUCGUUAUUCCUCUUCUAUUAUUCAGCUUCCUUCUUCCUUCUUUUUAUCUUCCAUCUUUUUCUUUCUUCCUUUUUUCGUUAUUUUGUCCUUCUUUUUUGUUCUUUCUUCUUUUUUUGUUUUUUCUUCUUUUUUGUUCUUUCUUCUUUUCUCUUUUUUCUCUUAUUUAUCUACUUCUUUUUCCUCUUUUUUCUUCUUUUUUUCUUUUUAUCUUCUCCUUUCUUUCCUUCUUUUUCCUCUACUUUUUUGGAUCUUUUUUAUGUUUCAUUCUUCCUUCUUUCUUCCUUCUCAGUUUUCACUUCCCCUACCCAGUUUCUCAGUUAUCAUAUCAUCCUUCUCACUUCUUACUCUGCACUUCUCAUUUCUUACUUCUCACUACUUAUUUCGCAUUUCUCACUCAUCCUUUCUUAUCUCACACUUCUCACUACUCUACUCUACUCUACUACGCAUUCCUAAUUUCUCAUUUCUCGCUUCUCAGUUGUCACUUCGCACUUCUUAUUUCUCACUUCUAAGUUUUCUUAUACCACUACUCCCUUCUCACUUUCCACGUCUCACACUUCUUACUUCUCAUUCGGUUUGAUGGCCGUUCGGCCUAAUGACCAUUCAGCCUAUAGGAUCCUUAGCAUCGUCUAUUCUAAAGUCUUGCUCACUUUUUUGAUACUUAUUCUCAACAGAUUGGCUUGGAACAGAUUGUGCUCUACGGCGAAACCUGUCCCAUUGUUUCUUAUAUAUUGAAAAUUGGCCAGAUCAGACUAUUAGAUAAAAAUAUAUGGCAAAAAUAUUAUAUAAAAAAAACGGGAAAAAAUUAGCGCAUUUUAUUGGUACUUUAUCCUUAAGCAUUUUUUUCGUAACAGGUUGCCUUUGAGGGGGAAUCUUGCUCCAUUACUAUUGAAAAUUGGUUAGAUCGGAUCAAAAGUUAUGGUCAAAAUAGAAUUUUUAAAACUCACGAGAAAGGCACCAUUGCCGAUAUAUGGAUUUUCUGGGUUUUUUAUUAUGUCACGGAUUUUUUAUUAUCUCACGAGAGACUUUUUCCCGAAACAGUGUUCAUGGAUAUAUGAAAAAAGUGUUUUGGUGAAUAUAUUUGCUUUUUCCCCGACACCACCAACUUAUAAAAAUUCAUAACUCAAGAACGAAGAAAAAUCUUAGAAACAAAGUUUCCUAAUAAAAACGCAAGCAAAUUUUCUCUGCUAUCUUAAAAAUAUAAACUUUUAAAGGGAGCAGAAAAGAUAAAUGAAAAUAUGAUAGACUUUUUUAAUACUUUCCCCCUUUGAAGUCUAAUUAAGUUUCCAGUUUGAAAUAUUAAUUACCUUUUAUCAGCUAUAGAUUAAACUCAAAGCAACUGAAAUUAAUAAACAGCGAAUAUGAAAUGUGUUGCACAAAUAAUUUCUCGUUAAAAAAACGCAUUCUGACUAAAAAUUUGCCUUAUCGAGUAUCCUUGGUUCUUGAUAUUAGGCAAGGAGGAGGAACCCAAUCCAAGAUACAGAAUUUACGGUUCAGUUCAAUUGAUAUUUUUCGGAAAAAUAUAUUAAGCUCUUUUAUUGAUAUUUUUCCUUAUUUAAAAUAUUUAUUUACAAAUUAGAAUUCAGAGAGGGGAAAAUAACAAAGUGUUAUCAACAAUAUUUCCAAGCGAAUAUGGAUCAGUCUAUUGUUCAGUCAGGAAGUAACAAAUAGAAACAUCAAGGAUGGAUAACUCCAUUAAUCGUUCCUCUUUCUAGACUUGGUAUAAGUCGGAUGGGUUGUCUUGAUCAUUUCACACGAACGUUCAAAAGAAUGUGCUCCUGGACGGUACGAACAGCUAUUCCUCGUACAACAGCUGAUAAAUAUAGAAAGCUCAUUCGAGCGUAAAAAUUAGGUUACUUGCUGUGUUACUGAAGGAAAGGAUAGGUCAUUAACAACCGGUGUGUUGUCCAAUCCAUGGCUGACUGAACGGUUCUUAGCUGCUCGACUAUAAACAGCAGGUAUUCGAUGUACUCAUCAUGUUGUUAAGAAUUUAAAUGUAAUGAAUAAAAAAAUGAUAUCCGAGUUUCUCAGAUCGAUUAUUUUUUUAGUUUAUCAGCCUCAAAUAAGGUCAAUUAGAGGCACUUCCGUAAAUCAUGUGAAUAUUAUUGAAACUUUCUAUUUUACCAUCUAGAUGAAACAGAAACAAAAAUGUACCAUCCCACACCCAACCAGCGGAUGGCAGAUUUUAAUACAGUUCUGCGUAAGAACCUUACAGAAACUGUAUAAUAAU